AUGCGCCUGGUACUGCGACCGCCUACCGCACUGCCUUUUGUUGCUCCUCAGGCCGAGACAGCCAGGCCGGUGGCUGCAGCACUCACUUGAAGACAGAUAGUCUGCCACACCCCGUCUUAUUCUCCGGCGCUCGCAACCCGAAUAUACUUAUCCACCCCGCACACGCAGGUAGUGCGCACUCCACACGAGGCCCAUGGCGAACAGUCUCGAGGCAAAGAUCGUGGUGCUUGGGAGCCAGGGCGUUGGGAAGACUUCGCUCGUCCAUCGCUACGUCAAGAAUGCAUUUACGCCGCCCACGACUCAGUCCACAAUAGGCGCGUCCUUCCUGACGAAGCGAGUCAUCGAUAUCGAUACGUCCACCGUUGUGCGCUUGCAGAUAUGGGACACUGCCGGACAAGAGAGGUUUCGGUCCAUCUCGAAGCUAUACUACAGAGGUGCGAACGCGGGAGUGCUAUGCUACGAUAUCACCGAUCCGCAUUCCUUUGAGGAAAUGGGCCGUUGGCUCAAAGAACUCAAGCAGAACCUCGGAGACGACAUAGUCCUCCAUGUCGUAGGAACCAAGUCGGACAUGGUUGCUGAAGACCCUUCGAAGCGCCAGAUCCCGUUUGAGCGGUGCAUCGCAUACGUCGCAGAGCAUCUGUACCCAAAUCAAACCGCACAGGGGCAGCCAGUCCCGGCAGGGUGGCAGAGCGGCGGCAUGGCGUCCCCGCAGAGUAAUCGAUCAAGUGGGUUCUGGGGACAAGACAUCGGCUGGGACUGUUGCCACGAAAUAAGUGCGAAAGACGGGGAAGGCGUAGACGAGGUCUUCAGGGUUAUUACAAGGAAACUGGUGGAACAGCAACAGCGGAAGUUUGAAGAGGAACAGAAGCAACUCGCGCUAGCUGGUAUCACUCCAGGCAUCAACAGCACCGGGAGCGCCAAUGGCUACUUCGACCAUCCCGGCGGCGGAAACGGCAGUUUCAGAGUGGGAGCUGGCGAUAAGAGACGGAGUUGGAUGGGUUUCCCCGCCACGCCCGCCGUUGGCGGCGAACGGCACGAGUGGGAGGAAGACGUGGACAGAAUACGGAAGAGCAAGGGAGGGAAGUGUUGCUGAUGCUUUCCCUCGGACCACCUCAAACCACCCUACGACCCUUCAUCCUAGCUCGAGCAUCUUCCUGGAUGGCUUUCUACGAUUGCGCAUCACGAUCGGCUUCCAUUCGAGAUACCAAAUUAUCUUUCGAUACCCACUUUGUUUGCAUAGCAAAAGUUCAUGCACUUUUUAGGCUUUUGCAUACCUUCGGUUUGCUCAUAUCCCGAAGACACUUCGAUGUCAGACCAUCGGAUGCCGUGCUACCCAAUCACCAACCUACUGUUGCAGCUGGAGGCCAGCCGAGCUGAGUCGAGUCCGAUUUGCCCUCUUGUAUUUUCUUUUUGCCUGUAUCUUGUAUCAUACUGCAUAGCG